UUCAUUGAUAAAGUGUUAGUGAAAUUUUGUACGAAAAUGGGUGUGAAGGUGCAAGGGUUGUGUAAGGGGGAUGAAGAGCAGUACGAGCUGGUGCCUCCCGAGGGCGGCUGGGGAUACAUGGUGUGCAUCGGGUUAUCUGUUAUAUUUAUUGCCGGGACUGCUCACCAGCCGGUGUUUGGGUUCAUUUACAACGAGUUUUUGGACGACCUGGGUGCUGGGACCGGCGCUGUGACAGUGGUCUAUGGGGUCUUCCAGGUUACUCUUGCCAUUGCGGGAUUCUCAGCAAAUAUUGCCCUUAAAAAGUUAACACUGCGGCAGGUCGGACUUAUAGGGGCCUUCAUAUAUACAACGGCAUCAUUUCUAGCCAUAUUCGUAGCGUCAACGACCCAACUAAUCAUAACUAAUGGUUUUCUACAAGGCUUGGGGAUGGGCCUUUUGAUACCAGUGUCCUACACGAGCUUCAACAGCUACUUUACAAAGAAAAAAGUGCUCUAUCUCAGUCUGUGCAAGGCUUCAAUUGGACUGAUCACAAUGAUUUACCCACUGUUUAUUAAGUUUACCAUAAGCGAGUUUGGAUUUAGGGGCACAUUAGCAAUUCUAUGCGCUAUAUCAGCUCACAGCAUAUUUGGUGCUUUGGUGAUGCACCCUGUGAAAUGGCAUAUGGUGAAGCAGCCGAAAUCUUGUGAAAAAAUUGUAUUAAUACCACCCACACCAGCAGUCGACGAAGAGAAAGGACAAUUCGAUUUCGCUAAAAAUGGAGGUCUGACUAUCAAUAAAACCGACAACGCUAGAUCUGUUGAGAAUUUAUAUUCCAAUAUGAACGGUGCGAGGAAGGGUUCAGAGUUGCUUGUCGUUCCGAAGUUAGACUCUAGGAGAUUGAGCAUUCCCGUAGUUUUGAUCCCUGCCGAUGGGAAAACUGAUAGUAGAUUUAAUUCCAAUGACAACGUCUACCUGGAGAAUUUAUACAAAGCCGCGUCUGUAUCAAGCCUCGGAAAUUUCGGUAACAUCGCUGCAGAGCCGAUGCCUAUUAUAAAAAAUAAAGAAGGGAAAUGGCAAACAGUGACGGAAUAUUUGGACUUAACGUUGUUGAAAGAUUUGGUUUAUGAUAACAUAAUAUUUGGUAUGGCGCUGACGUUCUUUGCUGACUUGACAUUCUUCACAUUGGAGCCACUGUUCUUGGAUAGACAUCAUUUGAGUCGGCCAGAAAUAGCGAAUAUCAUAGCUUUAGGAGGAGCAACCGAUAUGACAGCUCGUCUUCUGCUCGGGAUAGCUGGUCAGUUCUUCAGAAUAAACAGCCGGCACAUGUUCUUUGCUGGAGCACUUUUUGCCGCCAUAUUCAGAAUUGCCUUCGUCCAAUACACUACAUAUCAGCCACUGCUUAUACUAACAGCGGUGUUAGGAGCCUUAAGGUCUCUGGUACACAUAGCUCAGCCAAUUGUAAUGGCAGAGCAUGUCCCCAUAGAAAGAUACCCCCCGGCGUAUGGCCUAUACAUGCUGCUAGCUGGAGGGUUGAGUCUCACUGUUGGGCCAGCUAUAGGAUUCAUCCGAGACUACACUGGAAGCUACGCCAUCGCAUUCAACAUGCUCACAGCAUGUAACCUCUGCUGCGUCAUACCCUGGACCAUUGAAGCCAUUAUCAGAUACAAGAAGCGCCCAGCGAAAAGUCUAGAAACGUGAAUAGUAUAGAAUGGUCAAUAUUGUUAUUUGAAUCGAGGCUGAGUCAAACAUUGUGCCAUGUGGUAAACUACUUACUUUUAAUUAUAUCGAUAGAUUACACAAAUCUACUCAGAAGGAGUUCAUAAUAGCGUACGAUAGUAUUUCACUCAUUUAAUUGUAUUGCUUCGAUUUGAGGUACAUCUUAUAUAUAAAAUUCUCGUGUCACAAUGUUCGUUCCCGUACCUCCGAAACGGCUUGACCGAUUCUCAUGAAAUUUUGUGAGUAUAUUGAGUAGGUCUCAGAAUCGGCCAACACCCAUUUUUCACAACCCUCAGUGAUAAGGAUUGUCCACCAUUAACAUUUUUUUAACAAGAAAUUACUUUAAAAAUAUGUGUAUGGCAAAACAAUGUUUGCCGGGACAGCUAUCAAUACUAUCGCCAGAACAGUCGAUAGUUCCUCAAUUGUUAAACAAUUGAUAGAGCAUCGAUUAUCCAUAGUCCACUAUCGAGCAGUAGGUAACAUUAGUUCACAAAGGUUCACCAAACACAACAGUUCUUUCAUAAAGUGAUCUAAAACUUAAUGUAUCUCUAGUAAACAAGGUUCUAUUGUAGUAACUAGUAGGUGGUAAAGUAUGUUCACCUCACUGAUCCUUACUCCCUAUUAUCCUUUGAUGGCGGCAUUUGAAACUUCUACAAAGACGAUUACGAGGUUAUGACACGAUGAUAACCCCCCUUUCAGUUUCAACUUUGUGACUUGAAAUUCCAUUCGGGACUAAAAAUAGAGGAUACACUACUCCAUAAUCUAUAAUAAUAUAUUAAAUAUGAAAGUGUGUUUGUUUGUCCGUCUUUCACAUCAAAACUACUGAACCGAUCCUCAUGAAAUUUUGUAUACAUAUAAUGUAGAACUAAGAAGAAAGACACAGGGUAAUUUUUGACACGGGCGGAGCUCUUGGCGAAAGCUAGUUAAAUUUAUUGAUAAGUUGAUACAGGCGGAAUUUGUAUUGAAAAGAUGUGGAAAAUUUAGACUUUCUUUUACUCUCUCCAACACUCAUGCUUAAUUUUCCACACUUACGAGUAUAAAUCGUGUUUAGAUUUAAGAUAGAAUGGCAAGAUAUUACUCCAGACAGGACUUUUUAGUAGAAAAACGUGAACGUUUAAUACUUGGCUUAUCCUGUGUUUGUUAUUUUUGUAAAAUAAGACUGAUGUUAUUGUAUUUGUUAUAAUUUUGUUAAUAAAUUUCUGUAAGUAAGUAUGGC